UGGGAGAAGAGUGAGGUUUCUCCUCUAUGGUCGCGGGCCCGGGCCUCGCUUCUCCUCAGUCGGUCCUCUGCUAUUUCCGGAAGUGAAGUGGCCGCCUUCUCCUCUGCUUCCGCGGGGGUCCGGGAGGCGGCCGGCGGCCGGCGGCCGGCGGCCGGGUGGGCCCGAAGGGAGCCGAGUGAUUUAAUGAUGCUUUGCAACAGUCUCUAAGUCUGAAGCUUUCUGUGCCUGUGCAUCCCAGGAUUUGCUAAGAUAUGGAGGAGCCUCCUCAGAACGAUCUGAACACGAUGACCCACGAGAAGGAUGACCCUCUCCAGUGCACCAGCCCUCAGAUUUCUGUUAGUGAAUUUUCUUGCCACUGCUGUUACGACAUCCUGGUUAACCCCACCACCUUGAACUGUGGGCAUAGCUUCUGCCGGCACUGCCUAGCUUUGUGGUGGGCUUCUUCCAAGAAAACAGAAUGUCCAGAAUGCAGAGAAAAAUGGGAAGGUUUCCCUAAAGUCAAUAUUCUCCUCAGGGAUGCCAUUGAAAAAUUAUUUCCUGAUGCCAUUAGAAUGCGAUUUGAAGACAUUCGGCACAAUAAUGACAUAGUCCAGAGUCUCGCAGCCUUUCAGAAAUAUGGGAAUGAUCAGGUUCCUUUAGCUCCAAACACAGGCCGAGUGAAUCCUCAGAGAGGCGGGGGAUUCUUUUCUGGAGUGCUCACCGCUUUAACUGGUGUGGCAGUGGUCCUGCUCGUGUAUCACUGGAGCAGCAGGGAAUCUGAGCACGACCUCCUGGUCCACAAGGCCGUGGCCAAGUGGACAGCGGAAGAAGUCGUCCUCUGGCUGGAACAGCUGGGCCCUUGGGCCUCUCUCUACAGAGACAGGUUUUUAGCGGAAAGAGUAAAUGGAAGGUUGCUUUUAACCCUGACAGAGGAAGAAUUUUCAAGGGCGCCAUAUACCAUAGAAAACAGCAGCCACAGAAGAGCCAUCCUCCUGGAACUGGAGCGUGUCAAAGCCCUAGGUGUGAAGCCACCCCAAAAUCUCUGGGAAUAUAAGGCUGUGAACCCAGGCAGGUCCCUGUUCCUGCUGUAUGCCCUCAAGAGCUCCCCGAGACUUGGUCUGCUGUACCUCUACCUAUUUGACUACACAGACACCUUCCUACCCUUCAUCCACACCAUCUGCCCUCUGCAAGAAGACAGUUCCGGGGAGGACACCAUCACCAGGCUUUUGGAUCUUCGAGAGCCCACAUGGAAACAAUGGAGAGAAUUUCUUCUCAAGUACUCCCUCCUUCCGUACCAGCUGAUUGCUGAAUUUGCUUGGGACUGGCUGGAGGUCCAUUACUGGACAUCACGGUUUCUCAUCGUCAAUGCCAUGUUACUCUCGGUUCUGGAAUUAUUCUCCUUCUGGAGGAUCUGGUCAAGAAGUGAACUGAAGACCGUGCCUCAGAGGAUGUGGAGCCAUUUUUGGAAAGUAUCAACACAGGGGCUUUUUGUGGCCAUGUUCUGGCCCCUGAUUCCUCAGUUUGUUUGCAACUGUUUAUUUUACUGGGCCCUGUACUUCAACCCAAUUAUUAACAUUGAUCUCGUGGUCAAGGAAGUCCGACGGCUGGAAACCCAGGUGUUUUGACUUGCACUGCGCAGGCCCUGAGAGACUCUUUCAGCCUCCUUGACAUCGGAGCAUUGAUGCUUGAACAAGGGGGGGCGGGGGGGAGCAGACUUCCUAUUUCUGCGCCUCGUGAACAAGGUGCUGCUUUGUCUGUGAGAGGCUCCAGCCAGGUCCUCUCUCCCACGCCCGUGGCAUCCUGGCGGCAGGGACUGACAGCCCAGAGCUCGGCCGACCCAGCAGCAGCACCUCCCAGCCCGCCACCCUCCACACAGGGACUGCGGAGGCCCGCUCCACCACAGCUCUCAGGGCCCCAGGGCCCCAGAGGAUGCAUGUGGCCACGGCAGGAGGCUGCCGCGUCAGCAGGCCCGCUUGACAAAGGCUCCCGGCGCGAGUUGCAGCCCAAGGCCAAGCCCAAGACCCGGCUUGCUGGGCCCAGGCCCGUCCUCUAAGGCAAAUUUAGGAAAACCAGAAGAUUUUGUCAUAGGCGUAGACAGUUGCACAUAAAAAAUGCAGAAGAGAAGCCCAAAUCUGAUGGACGAUUCUGUAUUAUUAAAGAGUUGCUAGAAGAUUUGUCAAGAGUUAAGCGUCUAAAAGGAUUCUGUUUGAGACUAGACUGGUGGUCAGACUGUCGUUAGGUUUUCCGUGCAUAAUCACUGCGAGUUUGGAUCCCUGACUCGGGUGGAGAUUGAGUAGGAUGUCAGGCACUAAUGGAGAGUGACUCGCAUCAGGCGGAGCUGCCUCAGUGCUACUGAAAAUGAUUGUUGUGGGGUUGGUUGGUUUUGUUUGCAGGAAUUUAAUAUCCAGGAUAAUCCUUUUGUUCAAGGAAACAUUUUGUACAUUGACCUUGCACUGUAUAAUCUUACUGUCCUGUUCUGAUGUAUAAAACAGCAAGUAUAAUUACACCAAGUGCUGUAACUGUAAAUAUGAAUGAGAUGAAGCAGGGCCUUUUCUUUCCUUCCAGUGUAAAGACAGCAGGUGUGAACGUGAGCCGUCGGAAGAUCGGCCCUGCAGAGGUAGGCUUGCGUCCACAGUGUUGUUUUGUGACUCCACAAACCCUUCAUUAAUCCUUUGGACCUCUGAACAUUUCCCUCAAACUUUGCAUCCGAAAGUUUGAAGAUAUCACUUGAAAGUAAAAUAAAGAUUUUUAUAUAGAUAAAA